AUGGAAGCAUCAAAGAAGACUUCGGACGAGCAAGACAUUGCGGCGCGAGCGGACAGUGCUCACUUGCACGCACUGAUCCAUGGCCAGGAUACGCGGAAUUUGGCGCAGUCGCUGGAGCAAGUCUCGCAUCACACCGGAGCGCUCAAGCGCAUGAUCUCGCCUCUCUCCCUCAUGGAGCCUGUCGGAGCUGGUCAGGAGCACCAUGACAUCGAGCAAAAGAACCAAUCAAAGGUGGGCUCCUUUGCUGGCGCAAUGGCCUCGGCGCUCAUCAACCACAUGCUUAUGUUCGGAAUGUGCUGCUCCUAUGGGAUGAUUAUCUUCAGUGAACAACGGAACGCAGCGCAUCGAGCUCUUGGCGUGAAAAUGUGCUUGGCGGCAUCCUUCAUCGGCGGUGGGUUGAUGUCUGUCUUUUCCGGCAUUCCGGUGGCCAUCGGCGGGACAGAUCUCAACCCUGCAGUGUUCUACGGCGACUGGGUGAUUGCCAUCUCCGAUGAUCUCACUCGACAGCUCGGCCUGGAAGACUCCGCGAGCUACACGGAUUCGUCUGGCAGAUUGCUGAAGAAGGAAGACCCCACCAAGUAUUUCUGCAGGGGUGACCAUCUUCUCGCUUAUCCCCAGGAGUGCGAGUCGUACCACGCGCAGCUCCGUGCGACAAUUAUCUUCUCAGUGGCCUUCUCGACACUAUUGCUGGCCAUCGUCUGGACCGUCCUCGGCAAGCUGAAGCUGACCCGAUACGUCAGCUACAUGCCGUACAGCAUUUCCGAGGCCUUCCUGGCCUGUGUCGGCUACAAGGUGUUCUAUUACGCGCUCAAGUUCUGCGAUUUCGACCCCAGGCAGUUCUUCACUGCCGCCUUCAUCGGAAUCGCCCUCUAUUUCUGCAAGGCACUUCACAUCGGGAAUCCCACCAUCAUGAUGCCUCUGGGCCUGCUGCUGCCUUUGGCAAUCUUCUGGGGGAUUGUGGCCGGGACAAACCAGACCCCUGCAACAGUGCGCGAUGCAGGGUGGCUGUUUCCGGAAGUGCAGAACGAGCCCUUCUACCUUGUCUGGGUGGACAGCAUUGGGUCCCUGUCGAACAUCAACUUCAGCGCAUGGCUGACGACAUUGCCCAAUCUUGCCGUGUUCAUGGUCGUUUCGACCAUGGAUUGUGUCCUCAAGCUCCACGCCACUGAAAGCAAGCUCCCUUUGAAGGUUUCCACUGAUAGUGAAGCAUUCAUCUUCGGCUGCUUCAACUACCUUCUGGCAUGCUGCGGUGCGGCGACUGGCUACAUGCAGCUGAAGUUCAACGUCAUCAGCUAUGGAGUUAUGCGAAAUGCACAUGACCGCAGAGCUGGAAUGAUAUAUGCCGUGUUUUGUGGUGCAGCCUACUUCAGCACUGUGGAGCAUUUCAACUACCUUCCGAAGCUGUUCUUAAGUGCGCUUCUGUUCUUCGCUGGUGCUGGCUUUGUCACUGACAACAUGUGGGGAUCCAGAAAGUUCCUGCAUUUCAGUGAGUGGAUGGAGAUCGUUGUGAUCCUCAUUGUGUUCAUUGCGGCAGGCCAGCUGAUUUGGGCCGUCGUUGCGGGUUUGAUUCUUUCUGGACUUGCCUUCAUUGGCAAGUACGCACGUGUGCCCUCCUUGGAUGGCCGACCCAAGCGCGGAGACCAGGUGAUUACACGCGAGCGGCCCGUCGGUGAGGUCGGUCACCAGAGUUUCAUGCACAUCGCAUCUGCUUGGAUCCUGAUCGUGAACCUCAAGGGCUACGUCUUCUUCAGUUCUUGCGUGGCCGUCAUGCGGUCCGUGGAGGAGUAUUUCCAGAAUGAGGACAAGAAUCAGGUGCCUCCAUACAGGAGGCUCAAGUUCCUGCUCUUCGACGGCUCGGCGCUCGAUGGAAUGGAUGCCUCUGGAGCGAUGAGCAUGGCCAAGUUGACCCGAAAGGCAAAAGGGCGCGGAAUCCGUGUGAUCUGGUGCAACAUCAAGGAUGACUUGGCCGAGGAGCUGCGAGUGCGAAGCAUCCUGGCGUCUACGGAGGAUCGCUUCGAAGACUUGGACAAUGCGAUGACCCACCUGGAGAAGCGCAUUCUGAAGUACAAGAUGAACCAGCAGGACGAGUGGCUGAACCUCCAUCCCGCUUUCCGGCGAGACAGGGCCCUGAUGCUGCAACGGGUGAACUUUGAGCCUUUCCGGGAAGUCUUCCUGUCCGACGGAGCUCGGUUGGGCUGCCCUUGGCGCUACUGCAGCCGGUUGCCGAUCAAAGGUUUCAAGACCAUGCUGUGCGUGCCCGGCGACCAGCACAGACCACUCUACCUUAUUCACUCUGGUGCCGUCGCCAUCCUUGAUGAAGUUCCGGAUCAAGAUACCAUCAUGGACGUGCACGCCAGCUGGAAGAAGCCACGGGUCAUCCUGAGGCAGGGCUGGUUCGUGAACGAAAAGACGAUCUUCGGGCAGCCUUCUUCCAGCUUCGCCCUUGCCGUGGAAGAUGGAGAGGUCUUGUUUUGGACAGAAGAGCAAUGGUGGAAGAUGACCAACGAGCAUCCUCUGAUGAUGAUGGAGAUCUCCAAGGCCGUGAUGCGGCAGCAAGGCGAGCACCACUUCCAUCGACUAUCGGAGAAGAAUCGGCGGCCGUCGGAGUUAAGCAUGGAAGACAUCGAUACGGACCACCUCAUGAGACGCGAGGUGUCGCCAUCAGAUGUCCAGCCCACAGAAGUAGAAGACUCGGAAGAGGAGGAGCUGAUGAUUCCAUCCGAAACCCCGGAGGACUUGCCUCCGACCACAUACACCUCCAAUGCCUCCAUUGGCUCUUACCAAUACAACGGUGUCACGCGCUUCAACAAGUCCGUGCUGUGCAGCCCCAUUGACCUGGGAGAAGCCUUCGAGCGCGAUGAGUUGAAACGGCUGCCUCAGCUGCAGACAAGGAUCAUGGAGCUGCACUUUGCUCGCGCCCUGGGUGAACAAGGCUUUUUCAGGAGUGCCGGUGACGCUGACUACCUCCCUGAGCUGCCCAAGAUGCUGAUUGAAGACCUGCGCCUCGCUUACUUCACCUUCGCGGAGAAGGGCGACCAGUCUAGUGGAAAGAUCAUAUUGCCCGCUAGUCGCGUGGUUGACGCCCUGUUGUACGUCGGGAUCUUCCACAUCCUGGCUGAGGAAGUCAACCAGAAGGACCUGACUCUUGAGGAAUUCCUCAAGUUGGGUCGCCAGUGCCACCUGGCCCGGAUACAUCCAGAGCAGAUGCAGAAGAUCGAGGAAUUGUGCCAGUCGCACGAGCACAUGGUACACGGUGAGAUGCAGCUUCUUGUGGCGGAUGUGUCUCACAUGCUCAAGAUGCUUUUGGGUAUCUAUUUGGAUUUUGCCAUCAACGAUGCCGUGACUUCAGCAUGGGGUCAGGAAACUUGGCCUGACACGCAUGUGACGCACAAGCAGUUCGCAGGGAUUGUCGCCUUCUAUGUGAAGCGGCGUGAACGAGACUGGAAGCUGCUUCAAGGGGUCUUCGAUCUCAUGGGCAAGGACACGCUGAGCGGCAGCCUGAACAAGGAUCUUCUUGAGGAUGGCGAUGUGCAGAGCAUUGAUCCUCCACCGCCUCCGCCUCCCCUUUCGGCCACUGUAGCGCGAUGUGUAGCAUGCCCGCUGGCCACCGAUUUUCUCUUCGACCUGUCUGCCACUAUGUCCGCGGUCAGUCAGUUCCAGAGCUCGCAGAAGCUUGGACAGUCCUCCUACGAAGAAGGGCCCGCCUGGGCCAGGACGAUCAUCAACAUCUUCGAGAGGCCAUCGACAUCCAAGUGUGCGGCCUUCGUCGUCUACACCAUGUUGACCUUGACCGUUGUGAACGUGGUGGCCAUCGUUGCAGAGCCAAUGAUCUCCGGCCUCGAUGAUGACCAGCCGCCGGAUGAGCACAUGUUCUGGCUGGGCUGUGACAUCUUCUUCGCUGCGAUCUUCACCAUCGAGUUGCUUCUGAGGAUCGUUGCACGUUUGGCUUUCGACCCCUCGCUGUCGACAGUGCUGCGUUUCUUCUCCAACCCGUUCAAUAUCUUUGACCUCGUGGCUGUGACGGAGAUCUACCUUGACCACCUGAUCCACCUUCCGGUGCUUCGGCUGCUCAUCCUGGAGCGAUUUGCCCGCCUCUCGCGCGUGAUGAAGCUGCCUGGCAAAGACUACAACACUCAGACAUCUAACGAAGGGCAGGGCCCAGUGAGGCCUAAGUUUCCCAGGCUUUGCGGCUGGAUAACUUCCACUUCCCAGAUUUCCUCACUGCCGCAUGACCAUGGUCCAUACACUGUGCCAGGGUUUGUUUCACCCUAG